CAGAACAAGAGAGGUUGCUGUGAGCGCGCAGAGAGAGCGAAAGUCCGGCUGUUAAGGCUGUCAGUGCUUUUCUAAAGCAACGUGACAAGCUGGACGAAGAAACUGAGAAAGAAAAACAGACCCAAGCAGAGCUGCAAAAAGAGAUCACGAUUAUGGAGAAAAAUCUGGCGGAAACGAGAAGAGGACAGGCUUCCCACGGUCACAAUUCUCAGCCCCGCGACAUUCAGAAGGCCACGCGUACCACACAGAGCAAACUGGAUCAGUCUCGUGCUCGCUUUAACGAACAGAUGAAGAUAAACAGCCAACUCAGAAAAGAUAUUGAGAUGCUACACAUGCAGCGUACCCGAUUCCAGCAGCUGUAUCGCAAACUGGAGAAGGUAUUGCAAGAUAUGCGUAAGGAUAUUGCUGAAGUUGUCGACAAGUCAGCCACAGCUUAUGAUGCGAAAGUGGAUGCUCAGACCAAAACAACCAUGAUAAAGGAGAAGGUGGUGAAGGAUCUUGCACAGUACUCAGCUGAGAUGCAGGAGCUGGAGAGAGUCAUCGCUCAUGAACACCAACUCAAAGAGUUCAUGACCACCAAGAAUAAUCGGAGAGCCAACAUGGAUAGUGGGAAAAAAACCAGACGCAGACAGGAGAUGAAGGAGCAGAGGAAGGCAGACGGCGUAGAGGAGACACCUGACUCUCUGAGGAAGGCUUUCCAGCAGAUUCAGGAACUGACUGGAGAAGAUCAUUUGGGGAAGCUGGUUACAAAAUUUAUUCAGGGUGAAGCGAACGAACCUGUACCUUCUCUCACAUGUGUGCUGGAGUUCACUGGCCUUCUGCUCCACCGUGCCGAGGUAUGUCAUCAGAUUACUGUCUGUGAUCCCAGAGGAAGAUCCCAGCAUGCCUUCCAUCCAAGACGCAAUCUGGUCUUCUGGUUAUUAUUGUAUUAUGCAUGUUUUUUCUAUGUUCAGUCUCUACUAAAUAUUGUUUAUAGUAAUGAAUUGAUGGGGGAUGAAAAGGAAUCUUAA